GGGAAGAAGCGCUGGCGGACGGGCGGCGGUCGGGGUCGUGGCUUUGCGUAAGUCUCGUGUGGAGGCCAUCGAGGGGUGGGACAGAGAGGCGGCGGUGCCGAAGGGCCCUCUAAGAGAGAAGGCGUUGGUGGGGGCUGCGGAGAGUGUGCGCGGUAUCCCCUGCACGUUGGGGCGUGAAGGCAGGAGGGGUCUACGCGGCGGGUUCACGGUGGGUCGCUCAGAGGAGCCUCGUGAUCGCACGCUCUUUUGCUGCUGGGCGGUGGAGGCUCAGCGGGAGUGGAAGGAGUGUGGGAUGCUCCAUGCCGUCCUUGAGGCCCAGCCCGCAUGA